GGACAGAUAGGUGAAGACUAGCAAUGUUGUUCUCUACUCAAGUCGUGUUUGUGAAGAUGUCCCUGCAACUCUGCAUAAGUAACAUCCAGUACAUCUUUGCAACUGUCCUGGCCUGGAUAGGUGUCCGUUGUCCGCAGGUGCACAGAGCAUCACCGUUGACAUCUACAGGAAAAGUCAAUCUAGUCAAGGUGUUGCAAAAUAAUAUAUCUCAACCAGCGACAACUCCAAGCAGUGUCAAUUAUCAUUUUACGCGACAAUGCAAUUAUAAGUGCGGUUUUUGUUUCCACACGGCAAAAACGUCUUUUGUCCUACCCAUUGAGGAAGCAAAGAGAGGUUUACAGCUUCUGAAGCAAUCAGGUAAGUUUGCCCAAAUUAUCCUAUUUAUUUAUGAUAUCGCUAAAUCCCAAUUUAAAUUCACAUGAUAUGUUAUUACAUUAUUAUUACAGCCUAUUUCUGUCUAAUUUAAUGUUUUAUUCAGUGUUUAGAAUUCUGAAUUUCAUGUUGUUGUUUUUUUUGCAGGACUGGAAAAGAUUAACUUCUCUGGUGGAGAGCCUUUCUUACAGGACAGAGGUGAUUUCUUGGGUAAAUUAGUCCAGUACUGCAAACAAGACCUCCAUCUCCCAAGUGUCAGUAUUGUCAGCAAUGGCAGCAUGAUCAGAGAGAAGUGGUUCCAGAAAUAUGGUAAGAUGGUUUUCAUUUUAAAGAAUAUAUAGUACCAACGUUAAGCCACUGGUCUUCAUUAUAUCGAACAGCUCCCAUAAACACACAGUCUUGAGUCACAGAGUUUCUAAACCCAGAGUCACAGCAUCGCACAACUUCCGGGAACGCUUGCGAAACAGACAAAACAGACCAGGCCGGAGUUUAAGAAGUCAAUGAGAGAAGUGGAAAAUUCUAAAAGCACAACCUAGAUUCGAGCCAAUGUGUUUUUAAGUAGUUGAACAUGUUAUUACUCCAACCUGGUGAAAGUGUCAAACUGACACAUUUUAAUUUUCAUCAAAACAACUUUAUAUCGAAGGAGUGCCUUUGAGUUGACAGUUUGCACAUGCGCAGUUAGGGUUGUGACGCCCGUUAGACCCGAUUACGUGUUUCUACACAAGAGCAUUGCUAGCCAACAUCGCCAUGACAUCACCUACAAGUGUGAUCGGGGAUUUAUAUUUGAGAGGCAGUUUUAGCCUAUCUUAAUACUUUACAAUCUUCAUUAUUCUCAUGCGCGGUCAGGUAAAUAAAUUCAUUUUAUUCACACUAGAUGUCAGCACCGGGUUAGUUUUGAGAUGAGGUCACAAACUCAGAGAAACAUUUCACACUUUCAAAUUCUUCGCGGUGGAGUUAUAUAAUGUUGGACACAUUAUUAAAAGCAUGAUUUGAUCAUCACAGUGUUAUUAAAAACGACUUGUUGAUUUUUAUCUCAAUACAUCUUAACUAUCACACGUUGUAGGCUAUGCCAUAAAUUGUAUGUCUGGAUGUUAAUACAUUUUGAAUACAUGCGUGUUUCAAAAUACAAUUCUUUGAGAUUAUGUCAGUUUUAAAAUCAGAACUCUCCUUGUCCUCACAGGCCAAUACCUGGACAUUCUGGCCAUUUCCUGUGACAGCUUUGACGAGGACACCAACCAGACUAUAGGCAGAGCCCAGGGCAGGAAGAGCCACCUUGACAACCUCUUCAAAGUCCGGGAGUGGUGCCGGGACUACAAAGUGGCGUUCAAAAUCAACUCUGUGAUCAACACAUUUAAUAUGGAUGAAGACAUGAGAGAAAACAUCACCGAACUCAACCCUGUACGCUGGAAGGUAAGGGUGUUCCAAUGCAUUUACAUUACUCACCAGUAAUGCUGUAUCUGUGUUGUGAAUAGAGGUUUCUUCUCCUACCAUAGAUGUAAAAAAUUAGUUGUAUGGCCUUGACUUUGUGUGUGUGUGUGUGUGUGUGUGUGUGUGUGUGUGUGUGUGUGUGUGUGUGUGUGUGUGUGUGUGUGUGUGUGUGUUUGUGUCUACUGUGUCUAGGUGUUCCAGUGUCUGCUGAUCGAUGGGGAGAACGCUGGGGACAACAGUCUGAGGGAGGCAGAGAGUUUUGUCAUCAGCGACCAGCAGUUUCAGGACUUCCUGGAAAGACACAGCACGAUCAGCUGCCUGGUACCUGAGUCCAAUAAGAAGGUAUGGGACUGGACUAAAGACGACACAAUAUUAUUUUUUUAAUGGUCAGUUAUUGAUAUUAUGAUGAUUCAACAACUACUACUACUAAAAUAUAUAUAUAUAUAUAUAUAUAUAUAUAUAUAUAUAUAAAAAAUUAAAAUAAAUAAUGGAUGCACUCUAACUGUAAGUCGCUCUGGAUAAGAGCGUCUGCUAAACGACUAAAAUGUAAAUGUAAAAUGUACUCCUUGUAGUUUCAGAAUGCUAUUAAGGUGUGGAAUAGGCCUAAUGUAAUCUACUAACACAAUUCAUCACUUACAGUGCAUUCCAAAAGUAUUUAGACCUCUUCCCUUUUUCCACAUUUUGUUACGUUACAGCCUUAUUAUAAAAUGGAUACAAUUAUUUUGUUUACCCUCAUUUACACACAAUACCCCAUAAUGACGAAGUGAAAACAGGUUUUUAUAACUUUUUUGCAAAUGUAUAAAAAUAAUAUAAAAAAUACCUUAUUUACAUAAGUAUUCAGACCCUUUGCUAUGAGACUCAAAAUUGAGCUCAGGUGCAUCCUGUUUCCAUUGAUCAUCCUUGAGAUGUUUCUACAACCUGAUUGGAGUCCACCUGUGGUCAAUUCAAUUGAUUGGACAUGAUUUGAAAAGGCACACACCUGUCUAUAUAAGGUCCCACUGUUGACAGUGCAUGUAAGAGCAAAAACCAAGCCAUGAGGUCGAAGGAAUUGUCCGUAGAGCUCCGAGACUGGAUUGUGUGGAAGCACAGAUCUGGGGAAGGGUACCAAAAAAUGUCUGCAGCAUUGAAGGUCCCCAAGAACACAGUGGCCUCCAUCAUUCUUAAAUGGAAGAAGUUAGGAACCACCAAGACUCUUCCUAGAGCUGGCCGCCCGGCCAAACUGAGCAAUCGGGGAAGAAGGUCCUUGGUCAGGGAGGUAACCAAGAACCCGAUGGUCACUCUGACAGAGCUCCAGAGUUACUCUAUGGAGAUAGGAGAACCUUCCAGAAGGACAACCAUCUCUGCAGCACUCCACCAAUCAGGCCUUUAUGGCAGAGUGGCCAGACGGAAGCCCACUCCUCAGUAAAAAGGCACAUGACAGCCUGCUUGGAGUUUGCCAAAAGGCACCUGAAGGACUCUCAGACCAUGAGAAACAAGAUUCUCUGGUCUGAUGAAACCAAGAUUGAACUCUUUGGCCUGAAUGCCAAGUGUCACGUCUGGAGGAAACCUGCCACCAUCCCUACGGUGAAGCAUGGUGGUGGCAGCAUCAUGCUGUGGGGAUGUUCUUUAGUGGCAGGGACUGGGAGGAUCGAGGGAAAGAUGAACGGAGCAGAGUACAGAGAGAUCCUUGAUGAAAACCUGCUCCAGAGAGCUCAGGACCUCAGACUGGGGCGGAUGGUUCACCUUUCAACAGGACAACGACCCGAAGCACACAGCCAAGACGACGCAGGAGUAGCUUCGGGACAAGUCUCUGAAUGACCUUGAGUGGCCCAGCCAGAGCCCGGACUUAAACCCGAUCGAACAUCUCUGGAGAGAUCUGAAAAUAGCUGUGCAGCGACGGUCCCCAUCCAACCUGACAGAGCUUGAGUGGAUAUGCUGAAAAGAAUGGGAGAAACUCCCCAAAUACAGGUGUGCCAAGCUUCUAGUGUCAUACCCAAGAAGACUCAAGGCUGUAAUCGCUGCCAAAGGUGCUUCAACAAAGUACUGAGGAAAGUGUCUGAAUACUAAUGUAAGUGUGAUAUUUCAGUUUUUUAUUUCUAAGAAAUUUGCAAAAUAAUCUAAAAACCUGUUUUUACUUUGUCAUUAUGGGGUAUUGUGUGUAGAUUAAUAAUAAACAUAUUCAAUCAAUUUUAGAAUAAGGCUGUAACGUAACAAAAUGUGGAAAAAGUCAAGGGGUCUGAAUACUUUCCGAAUGCACUGUAUAUCAGACCUACGCAAUAUUGUCCACACAAAAAAACAUUAGUCCGUGACAAUAUUGUACAUAAUACAGAAUAGUUGUGACAUUAACAUGUUUCCUUGUUGUCUUAUCUUGUCAGAUGAGAGAUUCCUACCUCAUCCUGGAUGAAUAUGUAAGUCCUUUUCAUCAAUCUGUUAUUUUACAUGAUACGCAUUCUACAUUCCAAGUCUUAGCAUGCCGUUUAAAGUAGACAGUCCUCAUCCAUCAGUCCUCAUCCAUCAGUCCUCAUCCAUCAGAACUAUUGAACAGCCAUCUAAAUGCUCUCAUCGAUUGAGAUGUAUAGACAUGCACCUUCCCAUAUUAAGUCCCAGAGUAGUCUAUGGCUUCAAUCUUCAAUCAGAGUGUAUUUACAGGCUUUGAGAUGGGUGAAAGGAGAUGUGGAUUUGCAGAUAUUUAUCUUAGUAUUAGAUAUGAGGUUUCAUAGUAGUGAUAUUUUGAUAAGGACCACCAUGUUCAAGAUGCUCUUUUCUGACCCGUUGGUAACACUUCAUAAUAACUUUAAUGAAUAAGCCUUUAUAAAUGCUUAUAAAUGCUUUAUAAAUGAUUAUACCUUUUCUAAACGCUAAUGAAUUAGAAGUUUUGAUGUGCUUUUUUUUUAGAUGCGUUUCCUGGAUUGCAGAGCGGGGAGGAAGGAUCCAUCCAAGUCCAUCCUUGAUGUUGGCGUGGAGGAGGCCAUUCAGUUCAGUGGCUUUGACGAGAAGAUGUUCCUAAAGAGAGGAGGAAAAUAUGUGUGGAGCAAAGCUGACAUGCGGCUAGAGUGGUGAUCCACACAUUAUAAUCAGUUACUGCUACACUUUUUGUCUGUACUUGUCAGUGUUUUUAUUUUUAUAGUUGUAU